AGAGAAAUCAUCACCCUCCAAGCAGGCCAAUGCGGCAAUAGCGUGGGCUCGCAAUUCUGGCAACAACUCUGCCAGGAACACGGCAUCAAUCGCGACGGCAACCUCGAAGACUUUGCUACCGAGGGCGGCGACCGCAAAGAUGUCUUCUUCUACCAGUCCGACGAUACGCGCUACAUCCCACGCGCCAUCUUGAUGGACCUCGAACCCAGAGUCAUCAAUGGAAUCCAAACCGGCCCCUACAAGAACAUCUACAACCCCGAGAACUUCUACAUCCACAGCGGCGGCACCGGAGCUGGAAACAACUGGGCUGCCGGCUACUCGAUGGGCGAGACGGUUCAAGAGGAGGUUCUGGACAUGAUCGACCGCGAAGCAGACGGCUCCGACAGUCUCGAGGGCUUCAUGCUGCUGCACUCGAUCGCUGGUGGCACAGGCUCCGGUCUGGGUUCAUAUCUGCUCGAACGACUCAACGACCGCUUCCCCAAGAAGCUGAUCCAAACAUACUCGGUCUUCCCGGACACGGUGCAGUCCGGCGAUGUCGUUGUCCAGCCGUACAACUCGCUGCUGUCCAUGAAGAGACUCACUCAACAAGCCGACAGUGUCAUCGUUCUGGACAACGGCGCCCUGUCACGCAUUGCAGCAGACACUCUGCACGUCCAAGAGCCCUCGUUCCAACAAACAAAUCAACUCGUCAGCACCGUCAUGAGUGCCUCGACCACCACUCUGCGCUAUCCCGGCUACAUGCACAACGAUCUUGUCGGCAUCGUCGCAUCACUAAUCCCCACCCCUCGCUGCCAUUUCCUGCAGACCAGCUACACGCCCUUCACCGGCGAGAACGUCGAAGCCGCAAAGACGGUCCGCAGAACCACUGUUCUCGAAGUCAUGCGCAGACUACUGCAGCCAAAGAACAGGAUGGUCAGCUCAAAUCCCUCAAAGAACAGCUGCUACAUUUCCAUCCUCAACAUCAUCAUGGGCGAAGCUGAUCCCACCGAUGUCCACAAAUCGCUUCUCCGCAUCCGUGAACGCCGCCUCGCCACCUUCAUCCCCUGGGGCCCUGCCUCCAUCCAAGUCGCCCUGACCCGCACAUCCCCAUACACCACCGGCCCUCAUACUCCUCGCGUCUCUGGUCUGAUGUUGGCAAACCACACUGGUAUCGCUACUCUGUUCAAACGUAUCGUCUUCCAAUACGACCGUCUGCGCAAGCGCAACGCCUUCUUGGAACAGUAUAAACGUGAAGAUGCCUUCAGAGAUGGCCUUGGAGAAUUUGAUGAUGCGAGGGAAGUGGUCAUGGAUUUGGUGAGAGAAUACGAGGAUGCCGAGAAGGAAACGUAUCUUUCCGGUCCCACUGCUGCGCCUGAGAGUGAGGAGAAGGACGGUAGGACUGAUGGCAUCAGGUGA